GUAUGACAAUAAUAGUUGAGAAUGAUUAGACUAGAACUGUGUGUCAAAAGUAGGAAUAAGGGGAUAUUCCUGAUAACAUUUCAGUAUCUGUAUUGCAAACCACAGUGCCCAAAAGGAGAGAGAGAAGUGUCUGCCAUAGAGGCAGGCUGGAGGGUGUGGGGGGAGUGAUGACAGAGAAACUGGGGACACUGGUGCUCGGAAAUGUACACUGGUGGAGAGAUGGGUAUUGGAACACUAUGACUGAAAUCUAAUCAUAAACAGCUUUCUAAGGGUCUAUCACAGUAAUUCAAUUUAAAAAAUUUAAAUAAUAAUAAAACUCCCCACGGGGGCAGGGGGAAAAUCAAUAGUUUUCUAGCAAAAAAAAAAAAAAAAGGUUUUCCAGGCCAGAACAUUGGUCUAGUGUGCAGGAUACUUCUUGCCUUACAUGUAACCCACCUGGGUUCUAUUCCCAGAACCUCAUAUGGUCCCCUGAGUUCAGAGCCAGGAAUAAGCUCUGAGUAUUACCAAGUGUGGCAAGUGUGGCCCCAAAACAAAAGCUUUUUCCAUCCUUGGAACAUUUAAUAGUAAAUCUGGAGAGAUCAGAAAAAACAAAAAAAAAGAAGAACCAAAAGUUCUGUGAUCCAGAAAGUAGGGUUAGUGGGCUGCCAGGUUUAUUUCCCUACUUGCUCUGAUGUGGCAAGAGGCUUUGUUUUAUUUGGACGCCACACCUUACAGUGCCCAAUGGCAGUAAUCUGGGACCAGGGAAUACAAGGGCUCAGAUAAGGCCUCCAAUGUGCAAAGUAUAUGCUCCAGCUCUUUGAACCAUCCCUCUGGUGCCAGAAUGUUUUCUUUAUCUUUUUUUUUUUUAAGCUUUUUUUGGGCCACACCUCCAUGGUGCUCAGGCCACUCCUAGCUCUGUGCUUGGGGGUCACUACCAGUGUUGCUUGGGGAACCAGAUGCUGCCUGCUGGGGAUUGAACAUGGGUCAGCCCUGUGCAAGGCAAGUGCCUUUACCCUGUAUUCUUUCUCCAGCUCAGACUGUUUUCUGAUGUUCUGCAGAGUCAGUCACCCGCACAUUGGAUGCUCUCACCUUUUCCCUGGUCCUGCUGAGUAUAGACCCCACCCUCAGUCCCUGGGGUACAGCAGCAAUAACCAGACUUGGUCCUGUCUAUGUGACACAUGGAUAAGCAAGUAAAUUGAUAUGUCUUCAUAUCUGGCAACAUAGGUGCUGGAGAAAAAGACAGCAUGGAACAGGGCCGGGGAUUCUGUGAUGGUGGCAUUUUCUACAGGGUCAUCACACAAGGCUGCCUGGGUGGACAGGAGGGAGGGAAGGAAGAGUGGAGCCAUGUGCAUUGGAGUGAGGGAGGUGCUGUUGCCACCUUUCCUGACUCCUGUUUUGGGCUGUCCUGAACAUUGGAAACAGCUGUGUGGAUGGGGGCUUAGGCCUGGAAUCUGUACACUAGGCACAGACUGUCCCUAGCCCCUGCCCCUCUCCUAACAGGACCCUGGAAUGGAAGUGCCAUACCCAGUGCUCAGACCCCAGGGAACUGUGGCUUUUGAGGACGUAGCUGUGUACUUCACAAGGCUAGAGUGGAGUUGUCUGUUUCCUGAGCAGCGGACACCAUACAGAGAUGUGAUGCUGGAGAACUACAGGCACUUGGCUUCUCUGGGCUUUCUUGCCAGCAAGCCAGCAUUGGUCUCCCUUCUGGAGCAAGGCAGGGAGCCAGGAGCCUUGAUUCUGCAGUAGGCCGAGGAGCGUGGGACCAAAACCAGCCAAUGUCCAGAUUCCAGGAUGGAAGCCAGGAUCAAUGUUUCUUCUGCGAGGAGAGGGUCUGCUAAGUUGGCAGGCUUAUUAGGCAUGGUUUGGGGGUGCCUCCCCAGAAGGACCCCAGGUUACCUGAAGUGACUGGCAGUCCUGAGAGCUGGUCAUAUAAGCGGCUCCUCAAGCCCCAGGCCUGUGGCAUCGAGCCCAGCACAUUCCCAGGGCUCUGGGAGGGCUGCAGGGCCUGGAGCCAUCCUCCACCAAUGCUGUGGGUGAGCCAAUGUACAGGUGCACUUGUGGCAAGGGGUUCAAAUACAGGUCACUGCUGCUUAGGCAUCAGGUCGUGCACACAGGGGCCAAGCCCUACCAGUGCACCCUAACUGAGUGCAGUAGGGCCUUCAAGAAAAGCUCCAUCCUGCUGCAACACCAGCUGAUCCAUACCGAAGAGAAGCCCUACCAGUGUGGUGAGUGUGGCAAGGCCUUCCGGCAGAGCACGCAGCUGACUGCACACCACAGAGUCCACGCUCAGGAGAAGUGUGGGAAGGCCUUCAGCCACAGCUAGCAGCACCGGAAGUUCCACACAGGGGAGAAGCCCUUUGAGUGCAGUGAGUGCGGGAAGGCCUUCUGCCGCAGGUUCACCCUCACCGAGCACCACCGCAUCCACAGUGGGGAGAGGCCCUACACCUGCCUGCAGUGUGGACAGCGCUUCAUCCAAGGGUCCUCGCUCCUCAAACACUACAGGCUGCACCCCAAGGAGAGGCCUCAUGAGGAUGGUAGGUAUUCAAACCCUCUGCUGCUUGUGGCACAGAAAACUCAGGCAGGGAACAAGUGCUACCAGUGCCCUCUGUGCCACAAGGCCUUCAGACACCAUUCCCUAUUGCUCCUGCAUCAGAGGCUGCACACAGGGGAGAAACCAUUUGAGUGCAGGGAAUGUGGCAGAGCCUUUAGCCGGAAGUCAAACCUUACUCUGCACCUGAAGACACACAGCAAAGAGAAGCUCUUCUCAUGCACAGAAUGUGGCAAGGCUUUCCGCAGGAGCUACACGUUGAAUGAGCACUACCGGCUCCACAGCAGUGAGAGGCCAUACAGGUGCCACACCUGUGGGAGAGCCUGCAACCGGCUGCCGGCCCUUAUCCAGCAUCAGAAAGUACACAGCCAGGAGUGCUCCCCUUUAGACUCCCUUCUGAGGUGACCCCGGCAGAGACUCCAUCCUGGAAGGUCCCUAUCUCCACCUUGAGCUCUGCUGCAGACGGCCAUUGUGGACUGAGGAGGGAGGGUCAGGGCUGUGGUGCAGUGCGGUGGCCCAGGGAAGGACAGUGCAGAAGACUGAGCCAGAACAAGUCCCACCUGGCCUUUGAGUCCCAGGUGGACACAGGCAGGGACCAUAUCUGAUAAUGCUCCCAGCUUACUCCUGGCUCUGUGCUCAGGGAUCACUCCUGACAGAUCUCAAGGCAUCACAUGGGAUGGGGUGCCAGGAAUUAAACUUAAGUCAGCCGUGUGCAUAGUGGGCACCCUACCUGCUGUGAUAUUGCUCUGGCGGGAGCUUCAUUUCUAACCAGCUGAGUCUGACUGAUGGACACACAGCUCCACCCAAACAAAUGGGAUUGUGGGUGGGUUUUGUUUUUUUUGCACACUCCUCUGCUUUCUAAAGAAUAACUUGUGAUCAGAAAAGGAAUUUCUCUGUGUGCUUGUUUCUUGGGGGUUUGGGGGAUAUGGGCACACCCAGUGAUGGCGGUGCUCAGGAGUGACGUUGGUGGUGCUUGAGAGUUAUAUGUGGUGCCAGAGUUGGGGACACAAGGCAAGCAAGUGCUUUAACCACUGUCUCUCCAUCUUAGGAUAUGUUACUUCAUGUUUGUGUUUUUGCUGGUGUCUGGAUCAGAUGGACCGAGGGAUCUUGUUCACAGGAGCUCCUACUACUUAGUGAUAAGAGGGACCGUGGACUGAACACUGGAGGCUGGCACGGGGACAUUUGAAUGUUGGGUGAACCAGGGCUCAGGACUCAGUCAGAGUCUGCACACCCCAGCCACUCAUCAGGAGUCCAAUCAGCCUGGAUAUUGGGUAUGACUUGCCUUCAUCAGGCCUUCAUGUGCCAGGGCUGUGGUGCAGUUCGGUGGCCUGCACUGCUUAUAGGGGAGAAGUCCCCAAAGUCUUCUGGUGAGGAGUGGUAUGAACUUCUCCCAUCUCCUCACCAUCAGCUCCAGGAGCCCUGAGUUCAAACAGGAAUCUUGGUAUCUUAUGAAAGAGAAACAGAUUGCUUUACAAAUCCUAAUUAAAUAUCAUUCUAAAAACUUUAUUUGCA